AUGGGGAAGAAGGAGCCCAUGCACGGACGAGCUCCGACGGAGAGGGUCGCGAUGACUCGCGACGGGGGCGUCGGGGCUCGCAUGCAGACUGCUUACGUGAUGGAAAUCGGCGGAGGUUGGGACAGCGCGAGCGAAGAGGGAGUCGUCGGGGCUUGGCUCGGGGGCGGCCGCGGCGUUGGGGUCGGGGUUGGGAGAGCUGCGAGGGAGGCGUCGGGGCCAAGGAGUGGAGGGCAGCGCUUGGCUCGAGGGCGGCCGGUGGCGUCGGGGAAAGAAACCAGGACAACGGGCAGCAUGGAUAAGGAGGAGAAUAAGGAAGCAUCAGUGAGCAUCAGCAACAAUGACACAGACACCAAUGGUUUGGAUGAUGACGACUAUGAUGAUGAUGAUGGGAAGCACACAGUGAUGCUUGGCCCUCAGAUUCCCCUCAAGGACCACCUUGAGCUCGACAAGGAUGAUGACAGCCUAAGGAGGUGGAAAGAGCAGCUCCUCGGAGAUGUUGAUACCACGAAGCUUGGAGAGACUGCAGAACCAGAGGUGACCAUAUUAAACUUGACCAUCCUAACUCCAGAGCGACCAGAUCUGGUUCUAGCUAUCCCACUUGUGCUGGAUGACAAGGGGUACGCAUUCGCACUCAAGGAUGGGAGCACCUACAGCUUCCGCUUCUCCUUCACUGUCUCCAACAACAUUGUGUCUGGUCUCAGAUAUACACACACUGUCUGGAAGACAGGAGUAAGAGUAGAAAAGCAGAAGGUGAUGCUGGGGACCUUCAGUCCUCGGCAGGAGCCUUACACAUACGAGGCUGAGGAAGAUACGACCCCAAGUGGCAUCUUUGCGAGGGGUUCAUAUUCUGCAAAGCUCAAGUUUGUGGAUGAUGAUGGGAAUGUCUACCUGGACAUGAAUUACUGCUUCGAGAUCAAGAAGGAUUGGCCAGCCACGGCCUAA